AUGAUGAUGUUGAAUGAAGUAAAUGAGAGUGCUGGAGCCACUUUUGUCCUCUUGCACUUCUCAGAGUUCCCACAUCUCCAGGCACCCCUCUUCCUGGUGUUCUUGGCCAUCUACAAUGUCACUGUCAUGGGGAACUUGGGUAGGAUUGGGGUCAUAAAGAUCAAUCCCAAACUCCAUACACCUAUGUACUUAUUCCUUGGCCAUCUGUCCUUGGAUUUUUGUUAUUCCACUGUAGUCACACCCAAAAUACUAGAAAUCUUAGUUGUGAAAGAAAGAAUUAUCUCCUUCAGAGGAUGCAUAAUACAGUUUUUGUUUACCAUCAUAUUUGUGAUUACAGAAGCAAAUAUAUUAGCAGCGAUGGCCUAUGACUGGCUUGUGGCUGUUUAUAAGCCCCUGCUCUACACAGUUGCUAUUUUUCAUAAGAUCUGGGCUGUCCUUUUAGCUGGAACUCACAUAUGGGGUGGACUCGGUUCCAUGACACUCAUAUAUUCUCUUUUGGAAGUGUACUACUGUGGAUCUACCAUAAAUCACUUUUGCUGUGAGUUCUCUGCCCUACUCUCUGUGUCCUGCUCUGACACAAACUUCAGCCAGAUGUUGAUGUUAGUCGUUUCUACAAGGAAUGAGGCUUGUAGCCUCCUGGUCAUCUUAACCUCCUAUGUCUUCAUAGUUGUCACUAUCAUCAAACUGUCUUCCACAGGUGGACAUCAGAAAGCCUUCUCCACCUGUGCCUCCCACCUGACUACCAUCACCAUUUUCCUUGGGACUCUCUUUGUUCUCUAUAGUGUUCCCAAAUCUAAGAGCUCGUGGCUCCUCAUUAAAGUAGCCACUGUGUUUUACUCCAUUGCGAUCCCUAUGCUAAAUCCUCUUAUCUACAGCAUUAGAAAUAAGGAAGGAGUCCAUCAGGAAGUUCCUUCACAGCAAACUGCUUUCUGUCUCAGUGUAUUUACAUGUGCACACAUUCACAUACAUACAGAUACACACAUAUCCUUGAUUAGUUUUUAA